UCAGCUGUUGACAAAGAGCUGCCUCACUGACUGCUUUCUGCUGUUGUGUGAACCGAUCACCUUAAAACGGGAAAUGGAGAGUUCAGCAUGGCAUCUCUCCCUGAAACUCAGUGACAAACCCAAGUCAGUCUUCCAGUUUCCAGACGCUGAACCAGGAGAUGUCCAUCCAGGCAGAUACCUGGUAUCAACACUGAAACAGCUAAUCUCAGCACAGUUAUCAGACUCCUUGCCUGACCCUGAUCUGAUAGACUUUGUGCAUUGUGGCUGCAUGCUCAAAGACGAUUUUACGUUAGACUCCUAUGGGAUUAAGUGUGGAUCAACAUUGCAUAUUCUUAAGAAGACAUGGCCAGAACCUGAGGUCAAGCCAGAGCCGGUGAACAGGUCAGCGGCUGCCAGAGAAUUCAGGAUGCUUCAGACAGCUUUACACUCCAAUGCAGUGUAUAGAGAUGCGGUGUUCAAGAUGCUGGGUAAUAAAGAAUCUUUGGACCACAUAAUAGUGGCCUCUCCAGGACUCAGUUCAGACCCUGUUGCUUUAGGUGUGCUCCAGGAUAAAGAUCUGUUUGUACAGUUUACAGACCCAAACUUGCUGGACAUGUUGAUCAGAUCUCACCCGGCAUUGGUCAACGCUAUCAUCUUGGUAUUACACUCUGUUACAAGCAGCAUGUUCAACCAAACCAGUGCCAGCUCUUCCCGCAACGUGACGGCCAGCUCUUACAAUGAAAUGCCAGGAGGUUUUCUGUUCGAGGGCAUGUCUGAUGAUGAGGAAGAUUUUCAGUCUGGAAAUAGGUCUGGCUCAUCAAGACAACAGAGACCGUCUGUAGGGUCCAGACCGUCGACACUGAGACAUAGCGGAGCCACAGGACCCCGUCCCAUCACCCAGAGUGAGCUAGCGUCAGCUCUGGCUUUAGCCAGCACACCCGAGGGCAGUGAAGUCACACCCACACUGGGUGGUCAGGAAAUGUCCUCAGCUGGGCCAUCAGUACCCUCAGGGGCUCCCGUCACAAGCAGUCUGCUCAGUCAGGCAUUGCAGCAAGCUCUACAGGCCUCUGGUGUGAGCUCACUACAGGGACGCUGGCAGUCUCAGAUGCAGCGGUUGAGGGAUAUGGGGAUCCAGGAUGAGGAACUUGCACUCCGCGCAUUAACAGCUACGAACGGAGACCUCCAGGCAGCUCUCGAGCUCAUCUUUGCUGGGGGAGGAGUUUUCUAAAGAUUUAACUGAGCCUUAAACUGCUGUAGACUAACCAGUGCUAACAGUUUACUGUUAAUUGCACAUUUACUUUUGCCUUAAACAAAUACUGCUUUUUUUAUUUUAUUAAACUGUAAUAAUAAACUAUAAUAAGCUUUGUAUUCAAUUAUUAUACCAGGUGUGCGAUUAUUGUCA